GUUUCAGCUCCACUUUCUCUCCUUACCAGCUGCACUGCAGCCCUUUAUUCUCACUCGUUAAUGUCUUGCAGGCCCGCAUCUACCCAGCACAGAAGGAUGAGGGGGGAGAAUGUCACCAAGGUCAGCAUGUUCGUGCUGGUAGGCUUCCCCACAGCACCUGGGCUGCAGUAUGUGCUCUUCCUCCUCUUCCUGCUCACCUACCUCUUUGUCCUGGUGGAGAACCUGGCCAUCAUCCUCACUGUCUGGAGCAGCACCUCCCUCCACAGGCCCAUGUACUACUUUCUGGGCUCCAUGUCAUCCUUGGAGAUCUGGUAUGUGUGUGACAUCAUACCCAAGAUGCUGGACGGCUUCCUCCUGCAGCGGAAACACAUCUCUUUCGUCGGGUGCAUGACACAGCUCUACUUCUUCAGCUCCCUGGUGUGCACGGAGUGUGUGCUCCUGGCCUCCAUGGCUUACGACCGCUAUGUGGCCAUCUUUCACCCCUUGCGCUACCACGUUAUCAUGACCACGGGGCUGUGCGUCCAGCUGGUGGUCUUCUCCUUUGUGAGUGGCUUCACCAUCUCCGUGAUCAAGGUCUACUUUAUCUCCAGCGCCACGUUCUGCGGCUCCAAUGUCCUGAACCACUUCUUCUGUGACAUUUCCCCCAUCCUCAAGCUGGCCUGCACAGACUUCUCCACGGCAGAGCUGGUGGAUUUCGUCCUGGCCUUCAUCAUCCUGGUGUUCCCUCUCCUGGCCACCGUGCUGUCCUAUGGGCGCAUCACCCUGGCUGUCCUGCGCAUCCCCUCGGCCACUGGCCGUUGGAGAGCCUUCUCCACCUGCGCCUCUCACCUCACUGUGGUUGCCAUCUUCUAUACGGCCAUGAUCUUCAUGUAUGUCCGGCCCCAGGCCAUUGAUUCCCGGAGCUCCAACAAGCUCAUCUCUGCUGUGUACACUGUCCUCACCCCCAUCUUGAACCCCUUGAUCUACUGUCUGAGGAACAAGGAAUUUAAGGAUGCCUUGAAAAAGGCCUUGGGCUGGGGCCAAGCUCCACCAUAGAGGGCAGGCCUUCUGCUCCUCCAGAACAUCAUCUCAGAAUACACAACCUCUGUGGGAAGGCCAUUUGAUUUGCUAUAAUGGAAACUCUUAGCAUUGUUGUUAUACUGCAUUUAAUUUAAACAUCACUUCCAAAUCUAUCUUCUCCUUCAGGGAAAAAAUGGGAUCGAAG